AUGGCCGACAAGAAGAUCGCCGUUGACUGCAUCGAGCAUGCCGACCAGGUUCUGGUGGACGAGGCCGGUCGCAUUAAGCGUCUCCCGGUACCAAGUGAUGAUCCCAAUGACCCCUUGAACUUUGCGGUGUGGGAGAAGACAGGCAUCGUAGUGUGCUGCUGUUGGUUCUCUAUCAUGUCACUCUCCGUCAUUGGAGGUCUGGGCUCAGUCCUGGAUGUAUUCUUUCAGAUGUAUGGCGCAGAAGGUCACAGCACCAACCAGGUUGUCUGGCUCUCCACUUUUCCUUCACUGUUUGUGGGAAUUGGGAACUACAUAAUCCUGCCGCUAGCCCUUGUUUGUGGGCGUCGACCAGUGAUGCUCAUUGCCAACACCGUUCUGCUGGGCUCGUUGAUUGGUUGUGCCUUGUCGCAGAACUGGUCCCAGCAUUUCGGGUUGCGUGUCUUAUUAGGUUUCGCAACAGGAGCGACCGAAUCGCUUCUCCCCUUGAUGUUGGCAGAGGUGACCUUUAUCCACCAGCGCGGCACGAUUUACGGCAUCUACUGGGCCACUCAAAACAUCGUGACGAGUCUCCUGACGCUAGCCAGUUCGUACGAAGUGGCAGCUCUGGGCUGGCGCUGGUUUUACUGGGUGUUUGUUAUAACCGUUGCCGUCGGACUCGUUCUCGUGGUGUUCGCCUGCUUUGAAACGCGGUUUCAACGUCGACCGAUUUUCCUGGGCGAACAUGCUGUCGUUACCGACCAAUAUGGAGUGACUCGAGUUCUAACUGUACCAGAAACCCAAGAAUAUCUUGCUAGUGAUGAGGGUCGUUUCUACGCCGACCUCGGUGGCGACACGCCUCCCAAGAAGAGCUACCGCCAGAUGCUCAACGCUUGGCCACGCCCCUGCCCUCAUCCCGUACGCAACGUUCUGCUCACCUGGUGGCAGAUGCUGGAGACCUUCAGCUCGCCCGGCAUUAUUUAUGCCACACUUCUCUCCGCUGUCAUUCUAGGCGGAUCCGUCGGUGUCUCUCUUACCUAUGACACGGUCUUGCAGUAUAAUUACGGCUGGAGCGCCGCCAGCAUUGGCCUCAUCAACUUAGGGGGAGUAUUUGGCGGGCUGGGCGGCAUGCUCUACGCGGGGAUCUUGGGCGACCGUGUCAUUGUCUGGUUGGCCCGGCGCGCCGGAGGUGUUCAUAAGCCCGAACACCACCUUCUCUUAUUGAUCUUCCCCGGGCUUUUGGCAGUAGCCUCGUUGAUCUUGUAUGGGUUCACCGCUAGUGGCAAUGCCACUUGGGGUGGGCCGUUCAUGGGCUGGACACUCUACCAGGUAGCCUUUGUCUCGACACUCAUCCGCACGACAUCGUUUGCCACCGAGGCAUGGGAGAAGAAUCCGGGUCCGGCGUUGGUGACUGUCGUGGGGACGAAAAAUAUCAUUGGAUUUGGGGUCAGCUAUGGCUUGAACCCGAUGGUGGCCAAGUAUAGUUAUCCGGCAGCCAUGGGGAUUCUGGCGGGGGUGGUGGGUGGCAUUCUGCUCUUGGGGAUUCCGGUCUACUUCUUCAAUCCGAUGUGGAGACGGUAUAUCAGCCAGCAACGGACUCGGGGCCAGGGGCAGCUUGGAGGGCCGUAG